UUUUGAGCGCAGUGAGACUCCGCUAAAAGUUGGGAUUUCGCGUUGAGUGACCCGCAGCAUCCUUCCGGCAGCAUCAUGGCAAACAAAGCACAGCAGCCUCCUCACCUGCACCUGGCCGAGGUCACUGCGUCCCAGUUCCUCGACAUCUGGAAACACUUUGACGCCGACGGUAAUGGCUACAUUGAAGGCAAGGAACUGGAGAACUUCUUCAGGGAGCUGGAGAUUGCACGGAGAGGGGCAGGAGUGGACCCUACAAACCCCACCUUCAGAGAAAAGAUGAAGGAGUUCAUGCAGAAGUUCGACAAGAACAAAGAUGGACGCAUUGAGAUGUCAGAGCUGGCCCAGAUUCUGCCCACUGAAGAGAACUUCCUGCUCUGCUUCAGACAGUUUGUCAGCUCCAGUGCUGAGUUCAUGGCGGCAUGGAGGCGGUAUGAUACAGAUCGCAGUGGUUACAUUGAGGCAAAUGAAUUGAAGGGCUUCCUCUCGGACCUGCUGCAGAAGGCCAACAGACACUAUGAUGACCAGAAGCUCCAGGAGUACACACAGACUAUUCUGAAGAUGUUUGAUCUGAAUGGAGAUGGGAAGUUGGGCCUGUCGGAGAUGGCAAGGCUGCUCCCAGUUCAGGAGAAUUUCCUGCUCAAAUUCCAGGGCGUGAAGUUGACUGCUGAGCAAUUCAAUGCCAUUUUCAAUUAUUAUGACAAGGAUGGGAAUGGCUACAUCGAUGAGCAGGAGCUGGAGGCUUUGCUACGAGACCUAUAUCAGACAAACAACAAGGAGGUGGAUGCCAAGAACCUGACAGGCUACAAGCAGAGCAUCAUGGCCCUGUCUGACGGGGGGAAGCUGUACCGCAGUGAGCUCGAGAUCGUCCUGUGCAGGGAGCCCAUGGUGUGACUCUUCUCUGUCUUCUUGCAAAUCCUCAUUUUUUUCUCUGCCUGCCCAGCCCUGCCCUGCCCUCCUAAAACCACCUCCAGCAGCCUGGAAACAUAAACCAGGUGCAUGUGCCAAGCACACUCUGCUCCUCUGACCUAGUGUCCCUGACAUAAUAUGAAGGAAUGAAAAAUGCACUAUGAGCACACUGCAGCUCAUCCCCACUUCACUUUCAAUUAUCAAACCAUGAGCGGUUAAAUACUCCUACUUCCUGUUGACCCCUGGGCCGUCAGUGGUUUGCCUGGCUCGCAAUUUCUACCAUAAGCCCCUCAUUCCACAGAAUUGACCUUUGAACCCUGACCUCUUAACCUGGCUUCAUUCAGUCCCCUUGCUCUUGCAUUAGCUACCAUAAAAUAUAGUCAAGAGAAACUGCAAAACUGUGUUUGAAUUUAUCUUAUUUAUUAUAACUGAG